AUGUUCAGAAAUAAACGCCGUUACGAAUCCGUCAGUUGGAACAUCACCAUCGGUAGCGACUGCCCGGGUUGCGAUCGGCACACAGUAACAGCCUCAAAAGUCCUGGUUCCCGAAGAUUUCAAUGAGUGCACCAAAGAAAACGACAUUGCCAUAUUUGAAUUGAGAGAAAAACUUUCGGGCACCUGGGCACAGCCUAUCUGCCUGCCUGAAAGAAAUGAACCAAUCUCAUACAAUCUUCACGUGGCAGCUAGAAAUUCAGGUUCAGUUCUUGUUAUAUUCGCUUGCUCGGGAUAUGGAGGUGGUCCACUGUUCCAGCUUAAUGAUAAUAACAAAUUCGUGCAAGUUGGAAUUGCAUCAGAAUUGUGCGUUGAUGGUAAGAACAAAGAGCAAUCGUUUGCACCGUACUACGAUAUCGAGGAUGACAUGACAGAUGUUUUCACUGACCUGCGCAAGCAUUUGAACUGGAUUUGCUAUAAGAUAGGACUUUGCUAUCGGCAAAAUAUUUUUACAACGACUCGCACUUUCCUGGAAAUGGCUUCAACCAUUCCGUAUGAUCCGACUGAAAGAAGUGCUCCAAGCAAUGGAGAAGUGCAAGAGAUUGUUCAGCCAAACGAUGAAAACCUGAAACGUGCAUCGGCUGGAGGCCCGGGAGGUCUAUCCUGCAAUGAAAUGUUCCUCGUUACGCUAGCCGUCAUCACGGUUGUGUUUGGCACUCUAGACCUCAUCUUCGACUACAAGCACGUAGCCCUCGCCAAAACUAUCUUUUCAAUGGCUCUCGCCGUUUUGACGAUUGUCGCAGUUAUCACCAAAUCUUCAAUACUCAUGUUAGUCGUCCUGAUUUUUCUGACAAUCUUGGUUGUCUUGGUAACUGCUGCACUGGUAGUCAGUGUGAUCUUGUUUUUCACUGAGGGAAAACAGCUGCAAACCGGUCAAAUAGUAGAGAUUAUUAUUACUGCCUUAUCAUACCUAUGCAUUGUUUUUGCCUGUAUUUCGGCUUGUAUACUUCGCGGGCAGUAUUAG